AGGUGAUAAAUUUGUGCUGAAUGUGAUGAUAUACAACAGGUGCUUUAAACUCGGAGAAGGCGAAGGUAAAUAAGGAUCAAUUUGUUAUCUUAUGUGCACUUCAUAACUAUCGAUUAGUUAAAUUAUAGUUUGAGCGAAAGCAGUGGAAAUUACUUUCAGUCUAGUCGCGACGGUUAUUUAGAGAGCACUGUGGACUCGUUUGCUAAACAUUUUAGGUAGUGAAGUGGAAAUUAUAGUUGAACCGUAAUUUUUUGAUUUUAUUUUAAAUAUCGUUCAUUCUGAACACACAAGACUUAAAAGCACAUUAACUUCAAAAUAAUAUCUGCAUUGGCCGUUUAGCAUUUUUUAACAGUGAAGCUUACAUUUUUGUUAGCUCUAUUCUUCUAAAGACAAAAGUUUAUUAUAAUCACCUUUCAAAUUUGAAAUAAAUAUAUUUAUGAAGUGUUGCUUUUUGAUAUUUAGAACUCAAACUGGUUUGAAAUUUGAGGAAUCUCCUGCAAUACAAUUGUUUUGUUAACAUCUAGUAAAAAGGUAACAAAAUAAUUAGUGAAUUUCUGGUGAGCAUGAACUCAUCAUUCGCGGCAGCGGAAAGAAUAAUUCAAUAUGAGAGUGAUGAAAACCAGACAUCGAUGAACGUCAGCAUCUACGACUAUCCGCGGGAGAUUUGGGUGACGCUGCCACCCUGGGAAAUGCUGGUGAAAACUAUCGCCUUCCUGCCGGUGAUAUCGUUCGGGAUAUUUGGGAACAUCGCGCUGCUGUGCAUCGUCGGGACGAUCCGCGCCCUGAAGACGCCCACCAACGUGCUGAUUGCCAACUUGGCCGUGGUGGAUUUGGCCACGCUGAUCGUUUGCCCGAUGAUGUUCAUGGUGCAUGAUUUUUACCAGAAUUACGUGAUGGGCGCGAUCGGUUGCAAGAUGGAGGGGUUUUUGGAAGGAUCUCUACUGAUCACCUCGGUCCUGUGUCUGUGUGCGAUCAGCUACGAUCGCUUGACGGCCAUCGUAUUCCCGAAGAAGUCCAAGCUAACCUUUCGAGGAGUUUGGACGUUGAUAGCGUGCACCUGGAUCAUCGGGUUUCUGCUAGCCCUCCCGUUGACCAUCUACCGGAACUACAAGGAACGACCGUGGAAGAACUACCUGGAGACGUUUUGUGCGGAGAACACCAGCUUCCUGCCACCAUACUGGCACGUGCUGAUCGGAGCACUGGUUUGGUUUCCCCUUACGGUGAUGAUCUUCUGCUACAGCAUGAUAUUCCUCAAGCUGGAUCGUUACGAGCGAAGAGUGAUGCAACGGGAACAUCCCAUUGCGGUGUCCUACCGGAAGAAGGUCGCUCGAUCAUUGUUCAUAGUGCUGGUUGUGUUUAUUCUACUGAGGGUGCCAUUUACAACGCUGGUUUUUAUUCGAUACAAUCGAUUCGUGAAUGAAAAUACCAGCCAGAUUGGGAACGAUUUCGUGAUUCUGUGGUAUGUGUCGCACUAUCUGAUAUUUCUGAACGCUGCAGUGAAUCCAUUGAUUUACGGUUUGACGAAUGAUAACUUCCGGAAGGCGUACAAUCAGACGAGGAUCUGGAAAUGCUUCUGGCACAGCAAAACGUUGAAGAAGCUCGAACCGAAACGUGAACCAGUUAUCAUGACCAUCGGUCAACUCCAACCUCGUGGUCCCUGCGGCAGUGAAAAACUCGGUGACCUUUCUGGCUGGGUAAUUCCAGCGAAACCAAACAAUCCCAACUCCCCAACGGAAGAAUCACGUGAAACGAAGACGUCCCAGCUGAAACCUACCACCGAAGAUGCGCAGACCAAGUCCACCUCGAACAAAGGAACGUCAUUCUACGGUUGUAAUCUUGUUUUGGGUGAUCAAUGUCAGAACAGAGAACUUAAACCACCUUCGACGUUGUUUAUUUAGAUAAGCUUAAGAGUAUAGCAAAUAAAGUCACACGUGCUGUCAUGACAACAGGGUUUUAGUCCACUUCGAGCUUCCGAAACGAUCCCUCAACACCAAACAGCGUCUGAGCGUUCUUGGGUCGACCCGGUCGCUUCUUCUCGUCGGUA